AUGGUUAACAAGAAUCCUCGAGAUCCACUGGAAUCGCCGCUCUCUCCAUUAGAGAGAGACUUCUCAGAUAGAGUUCAGGGCGAAGACUUGGAGUUUCGGGCAUCAGAUGACGGCAUAUAUCGCAUAAUACAUAAGAAAAGUCAGCUAUAUGCAUUCGAGCCAUCCAAGCUAUUAUCUAAAUUCACGGCCACCCAGUUGGUGACAAUAUCAGGGGCUGCAUCGGGAUUUCUAGCGGGGGUGGUGGUAUGUCCAUUAGAUGUUGUUAAAACCCGGUUUCAAGCCCAGGGGGCGAUGGCACAAAGCACGGGUAGUUUGGUGAACAAAGAAUAUAGAGGUUUUCUAGGUGCCUUCAAAACAAUAUUACGAGAAGAAGGUAUUAGAGGAUUAUAUAGAGGGUUGGUUCCUAUAACAAUUGGAUAUUUGCCUACUUGGACUAUAUACUUCACUAUCUAUGAACGGGCCAAGUUGUUCUAUCCAGACUUUUUGAAGUCUCAUUUUAACUUAGAAAUUCAUGCAUUAAACCAUUUCUGUUCAGCAUUGACAGCGGGAAUGACAUCUUCUAUAGCGGUAAAUCCAAUUUGGGUUGUUAAAACUAGAUUGAUGAUCCAGACAGGUUCGGGGACUACAAUUGAUAAAAGCAUCGCUAAGGAUAAAUCCGCUUCAAAACCAAAAAUCGAAAGAACAUACUAUAAAGGUACAUUGGAUGCAAUUAGAACAAUGUACAAAGAAGAAGGAAUUAGAGUUUUUUAUAGUGGGCUCAUUCCUUCUUUAUUUGGUUUGUUGCAUGUUGGUAUCCAUUUUCCAGUGUAUGAGAAAUUGAAGUUGUGGCUCGAGUGUGAUUUGAAUUCCACUACAUCUGACCAACAACAGAGCACCUUAGGGAGGUUAAUAAUAGCAUCUUCAGUGUCUAAAAUGAUAGCAAGCACGAUCACCUAUCCUCAUGAAAUCCUCAGAACAAGAAUGCAGAUACAGUCUUCUAAUGGCAAGAAAUCAGAUAAACAUAAGGGAAAAUUAAUUAGUUCAAUCGUGAAAAUAUACCAGAAAGAGGGUUUCAAAGGCUUUUAUGCGGGAUAUGGUAUAAAUUUAGUUAGAACUGUACCAGCAAGUGCAGUCACAUUGGUUAGUUUCGAAUACUUUAAAACUUAUUUAUUAGAGGUUAGUGGGAAACAAUAG